AGUACUAUGCAUUUAAACACAUCAAUUUGCGAAGUUGAUAACCCGGAUCUCACCGAGGAACGGGAGAAGGGAACUUUUGAUACGGAUAAGAUGGCGGCUGUGAUCUAUGGAAGUGAGAAGCUCGCCCGCCGGCGUCGAGAAAUCUCAGAAGCUGUCUCAAAAAUUCCGGAGCUAGCGGAUACCCAACCCUUUCCGUUCAUGGACCGACUUGAAAAAAUUACAGAAGGAUCCCGUAAACUAGAGGUGCUCAAUAACAACAUCCGUGAUAUAAUUGACUACGAUGAUAACGGCGAGAGACUUCAUAUCUAUCAAGAGGUUACGGGGAUGGAAGGACACCCAUUGGCUUUGCAUGAGGUCAUGUUUAUUCCUGCAUUAGUGUCACAGGCUAGCAAAGAGCAGCAGGAAAAAUGGUUGGGGAGAGCUAGAAGGAGGGAGAUUAUUGGAUGUUAUGCACAGACCGAAAUGGGUCACGGUACCAACCUCCGGAAACUGGAAACCACUGCCACCUACUUCCCAGACACCCAGGAAUUUGUACUUAACACCCCAACGACUACAGCUCUCAAGUGGUGGCCCGGAGCUCUCGGGAAAAGUUCCAACUAUGCAGUUGUGGUAGUUGAUAUGAUUAUCAAGGGAAAAAGCUAUGGACCGCACCCCUUCAUGGUUCAACUUCGAGAUGAGAAGACUCAUAUUCCACUAAAAGGAAUCGUAGUUGGAGAUAUUGGCCCGAAAAUGUCAUUUAAUGGAGGUGACAAUGGGUUCCUUGGAUUCGAUAAAUUCCGAGUGCCCCGGACGAACCUUCUGAUGCGGCAUGUUAGGGUGGAAGCUGAUGGAACAUAUGUUAAGCCUCCACAUGCAAAGGUGAAUCACUCUGCAAUGGUUCAUGUGAGAAGUCAUAUGGCAACAGGACAAGGGGCACUACUGGCACAGGCUUUGAUUAUUGCAGUGAGAUAUUCGGCAGUAAGAAGACAAGGGUUUUUGGAGAAUAAAACCCAAGAAGUAAAAGUCCUUGACUACCAGACCCAGCAGCAUCGUCUAUUCCCAUCAUUAGCCCGUGCCUAUGCAUUUAUAUUUACUGGAUUUGAGACAAUUCACUUAUAUUCUCAAUUAUUAAAAGAUGUUGAUAUGGGUAAUACAUCUGGAAUGGCUGAUUUACAUGCAUUGACUUCUGGUUUAAAAUCUGUUGUUACUCAUCAAACUGGAGAAGGUAUUGAACAGGCGAGGAUGGCUUGUGGUGGACAUGGAUACUCUAUGGCUAGUUAUAUCUCUGAAAUCUAUGGAAUUGCAAUUGGAGGAUGCACAUACGAAGGAGAAAAUAUGGUGAUGCUCCUGCAACUUGCACGGUAUCUUGUCAAAUCUGUAGAACUUAUCAAAUCCGGAGAAGCAAAGAAGCUAGGACCAAUGGUGUCAUAUCUAGCAGCUAAAGGUGGCCACCCUGAUCUAUCAAGUCUGAAUGGAUAUGUAACAGCUUUCGAGCAUAUGGCUAGAAGGCAAGCUUGGAAGGCAACUGAGAAAUUCUUGAAAUUGAUGGAAAGUGGGGAAUCGAGAGAAAUAGCAUGGAACAAAUCAACAGUGGAGUUGACUAGAGCCAGUCGUCUACACACCCGUCUAUUCAUAAUCGAAGCUUUCAUGAGAAGAGUGUCUCGAAUUGAAGAUAUUCCAGUGAAAGAGGUUCUAACAGAUCUUCUCCAUCUUCAUGUCAACUAUGAACUAUUGGAUGUUGCCACGUAUGCACUGGAAUUCAUGUCAUCCACUCAGUUGGAUUAUAUCAGAGAUCAACUAUAUUUAUAUCUGGAGAAGAUUCGACCAAGUGCAGUAUCUCUAGUUGACUCUUUCCAGAUUAGUGAUAUGCAAUUGAGAUCUGUUCUUGGCCGCCGGGAUGGUAAUGUCUACGAGAAUCUCUUCAAGUGGGCAAAGUCGAGUCCCUUGAACAAAUCUGAUGUUCUACCGUCAGUCGAUAAGUACUUGAUGCCUAUGAUGGAAAAGGCGAAACUUUAAGUUUCUGUUCUCAUCUGGAAUUCUUUAUCACAUUCUUUAUACAUCCAUUUCUCUAUUAAUAAAACAAUAAAAACA